AUUUGCAGUGAGGUAAUGUAUUACUUUUUACUCUCGUGCACCCAUUCAAAAAUAUUUCUUUCCGUUUACAAAGCUGAAAUUGUGCGAAUGAAGUAUUUUUGUCUGAUGUGUACGUUUGUAAAAUGGACAAAACCUAAACUAAGGUCCGGUUUCAUUACAAUUGCAUAUGCAUUUUGAGUCUACAACACGUAUUAGAUUUCAAAGGAUAUUUUUAUGGUGUGCUCGUCGUAAAAUUCGUUUGGUAUGAGCUUAAAUAUUAAAAAACCAAACUAAAGGACAGCGUGUUUACAUUCUGAGCCAGCAAACUGUGCAAACACCGGCUUAUUGACUAAUAUCCACCAGUUACUUCGAUCCCAGCCUUCAGGUGGAGGGCUUAUUUAUCUCUGCUAUGCGCGGUUUGCCCGCUAGAGGCACUAAAGGCUAAAGUUAAACUGUGGAGAAAAAAAUACUGUGAGAAAAUUCUAUUGUUUGAACUCAUUUCCCAAACUGUCUUGUGCAUGCAUUGUCGACUGCAAACGUACGAACACCUGGAGGCACAGAUUGUGUAAUUUUAGCUACUCUUAAUAAACUAAUUGCUGUUUUUCACAGCGUAACAAAUUAGUGAGGACUUUGGUGACAUUCUAACCUGGACCCAAACAACCGCGUUCUCGAUUUCCCGCGGCUUGUCAUAACGUGUCAAAAUGUAUCGCUUAUCAAAACACGACGCAACAAGUAACGUUAACGGCCGCUUGGUAACGGCGUGUGCUGUUUGUGUUGAUGUGUUUUGAGGGUUUGUCCCGCGGCUCGUUGCCGCUGCACGCUGUGUGUUCUUUGAGCGAGUUCAGUGAGAGGGCAGAAAGAAAAUCUAUGCCACAAGCCUCAUUUGAAUAAUGUAUGCAUGCGUCACGCGACGUCACCGCGCCGAGUAUAAAAGCCCCGCUGCGGCAGAAAUAGCAUCACUAGCCGACAGAGUUUCUCCGAAACCGCUCCUAGUUCUCUCAUAGCGCCCGGCUUCUCUGCGCGCGUCGCGACAGAGCAACGAAGCACAAACAAGGAUCUUAAACUCGUGUCCGAACAAGUCGCAAACGUGGCGAGAAGUAUUAUUCAGACGGGUCUUGUACUCAACAUGAGCACGGAGAUGUUCAAAACGCCAAUGGAGCUCGCAGUCUAUCAGCUGCACAAUUUCUCCAUCUCCUUCUUCUCGUCCUUCCUAGGAGGGGAUGUAGUAUCAGUCAAACUAGACAACAGUGCCUCUGGCGCAAGCGUUGUGGCAAUUGACAACAAGAUCGAACAAGCAAUGGAUCUUGUGAAGAAUCACUUAAUGUAUGCAGUCAGGGAGGAAGUCGAGAUCUUGAAAGAGCAGAUCAAGGAACUGGCAGAGAAGAACAACCAGUUGGAGCGUGAGAACAGCCUGCUGAAGAACCUGGCGAGCCCAGAGCAGCUGGAGAAGUUUCAGUCACGUCUGCCCUCAGAUUCCAGCCUCCCCCUGGAGCCCCAGGAGCUGGGCUCCUCCGAGAACGGCGAGCACCAGUACAACAGCACGGGGUCUGCUGUAUAAGUGGCUCUGCCAUGGGGCGGGCAGAGCCACAGCUCUCACCUGAAAUGGACCUCCAAGUAUGCAACUUCAAGAUGAAGCUGGCUGUACAGAUGAAAACCUGACCUGAAAUGAAAGCAUUGCGACAAGUGGCCUAGUUCAGUAAUAUCUGACAAUCUCUUCGGACUAACGCGGAAAAGAGAGAGUGAUGUAGACGUCCGAGGUUACUGUACAAUGGGACUGAAGUGCCCCUUGCUAGGAAGGGGGCCCAGCCUUGCUUUCCCUUGGUCCCUCUCACGAAGAGACGGAGAGGGGUUUGCCUGAUGGAGCUGGCCGAGAGCGCAUCUUUGGCCUAUCCAAGUCAAGCCAAGGAAAUGUAUACGUCCUCUGCGAGAUGCCCCCACAGCCCCACCUGACGCAAGCUAUACGGGACUCACGUUCAUGCCCUCCACGUCAUUGAUCCCUAAUGCUGUGGACAUUUCUUAGCCCCCGUAAGGACGAUGGAGACGGACCUGUCCACAGCGGUGACUCCUGCCAUAUGAUUUGUAUAGCAUCGCUUGUAUUUCUGCAGAUGGGGCCUGCUGCUUACGGGGAUUAUUGCUUGUUUGUGUUUUGAAACGGAACAAAAUCAACUUGUUUAUAUGGGCUAUGUGUAAAAAAAAGAAUGAUUUUUCUCUUAUUGUGGGAAUGAAAAUCUGUAUACAUUUGCAUAGUUCUGUAAAUUAGCGACUGAUGUAAAAAGAAAUGUUCUGAAACGGAGGUGGAUGAUGUUGCUGCGAAUGUUCUGUUGACCUAUGCCAACCAACUAACAGGCACGACGGUGUCUGGAAAGGGCCACAUGUUUUCGAAUGAACUUUGCGUUUUCUAACUACCAAAGACUUGCCUAAUACUCACAAGCCAACAGGACCAUGUGGAACUUUUCACAGGGAGAAGUUUUUUUGUUUUUUUUUUUGACCGCAGUCUUUUUGAAAACAUGGGUAUUGUUGCUACAUUGUGUCCAUAGUAUUUUUUUUUUUUUUUAAACAAUUGAUGGAUGCAAAAUGCACAUUGCAAUAAACCUUAUGUUUACACUAAA